AACACUCGGUCUUGAGAAUCUGGAACACGCUGCGAUUUGUUGGUGUUUAUUACAUAAACACUAACACUCUCUCUCAAAGUCUGUCGCUUUGCUGGCUUUCUCUUGCAUCUAAUAGGCACUGUUCUCAUUUCACAGUACCCAAACCACUCUCCAUCAAUCUUUUACCUUCUGGGAUUUUCCAUAGCGUCGUAAGAAACUGAGACAGAAAAAAGUCACUCUCUUUUCUUUCGGCUGGGUCAUUCUUUUUCGAAAAAGCAACUCGCUUUUUUUUUUUUUUAACCUGUGUGGCAAGCUAGCUUUAUCGGGAUUUAAUUUCUUACAUGGCUUCUUGCAAAUCACAAGUGGAAGCAACCGAGUGUGUGUGGGUUCAGGGGCCUAUCAUUGUAGGUGCUGGACCCUCUGGUUUAGCCGUCGCUGCUUGCCUCUCUGAACAGUACCGGGCACCUUCCCUUGUUCUUGAGAGGUGCGACUGCAUUGCUUCUCUCUGGAAGACCAAAACCUACGAUCGUCUCAAGCUUCAUCUUCCAAAACAAUUCUGCGAGCUUCCUUUAAUGGGUUUUCCCGCCAAUUAUCCCAAGUAUCCUAACAAGUAUCAGUUCAUCUCCUACUUGGAUUCCUACGCUUCACGCUUCUCAAUUCGCCCCAAGUUCAACCAAUCCGUCCACGAAGCUCGGUUCGACCCUGCCUCGGGGCUCUGGAUCGUCCGGACUCAGGAUCUCGUCUACGUUUCUCGGUGGCUCGUUGUGGCCACCGGCGAGAAUGCUGAGCCCUUUAUUCCUAAAAUCGUCGGGAUUGAGAAUUUUCAUGGACCAAUUGUUCACACCACCGGUUACAGGUCUGGCACUGAUUAUAAGAACAAGAAGGUUCUGGUCAUAGGUUGUGGCAAUUCUGGUAUGGAAGUUAGCUUGGAUCUCUGCAACCACAAUGCAAGACCUUACUUGGUUGUUAGAAACACUGUCCAUGUUCUCCCUCGAGAAAUGUUUGGAUUCUCAACGUUCGGACUAGCCAUGACCCUAAUUAAAUGGCUUCCGUUAACAAUAGUAGACAAGAUCCUCAUACUUUUGGCUUAUUUCAUCAUCGGAAACACCGAUCACUACGGUAUCCGGCGACCGAAGACCGGCCCAAUGGAGCUUAAAUGCGCCGCCGGAAAAUCCCCAGUUCUUGACGUCGGCGCCCUGGAAGAGAUCAAAGCGGGAAAAAUCAAGGUGGUGGAUGGUGUGAAGGAGAUAACCAGAAAUGGUGCCAAAAUGGUGAAUGGACAGGAGAAGGAGUUCGAUGCUAUAAUAUUGGCAACGGGAUACAGAAGUAACGUGCCUAGUUGGCUCAAGAGCCGUGAAUUCUUCACCUCGGACGGGAUGCCAAAAACGCCGUUUCCAAGCGGAUGGAAGGGAGGGAACGGAUUGUAUGCGGCAGGGUUCUCGAGAAGAGGGAUACUCGGAGCCGCCUCGGAUGCUGUGAAUAUCGCGAGAGACAUCGCCGAUCAGUGGAGGAAUGUUAAGGACCAUAAGAGUUACCGUGAACCACAGAUUAUCCUAGCCGAUAGUCCCUAAACGUUGACUAUUUUUUUCUGACCAAUCGUAACCUUGAUCAGCGAUCCCAGUUUUGUUUUUUUUUUCCACCUUUUUAAAUUUUUCUGGCGAGAACAUGAUCCGAUUUUUUUUGGACACCAACUGUGUAAAGGAAUAAGAGCCACUACGAUUUUUUUUGGA